AAAGGAUGGAGAGAUAUUGGAUUUUGGACAGCACAAAAUGAACUCUCGCAGCAAUUAAAUAAAACCAGACGGGCAACAACACAUCUAAAUCCAGUUAUCUGGCCAGGAGAGUCCAUAGAAGUACCCCGAGGUUUUGAGAUUCCUAUAAGCGGGAAGAAACUUCAAGUUGGUGUGUGCACAAGUGGAUAUCCAGAAUUUGUGAAGGUCGAAAAGGAUCAUAUCACAGGUGCAACUAAAGCAAUCGGUUUUUCAGUGGAUGUAUUUGAAGAGGCAGUUAAGAGACUUCCUUAUGCAGUCCCUUAUGAAUAUGUACUAUUUAGUACCAAGGAUGACGGAAGUAUGGAAGAUUACAAUGAUUUUGUCUACCAAGUUUAUCUUAAGAAAUAUGAUAUAGUAAUUGGAGAUAUAACAAUAAGGUAUAACAGAACAUUCUACGCUGACUUCACUCUGCCAUACACAGAAUCAGGAAUAGCAAUGGUCGUUCCAGUCAGGGAUAGCAUAAACAAGAAUACAUGGAUUUUCUUGAAGCCGCUAGAACCUGGAAUGUGGUUUGGAAGCAUCGUAUUCUUUAUCUACACUGGUGUGGUCGUAUUAAUAUUGGAGUUUCUAGGCAAUAACGAGAACGUCCGUGGACCAAUUCCCAGACAGUUGGGGAUUAUGAUCUUUUUCUCCAUAUUUGAAGAGAAAGAGCUUGUGCAACGCUUUCUGUCCCGGAUAGUUUUGAUCAUUUGGUUGGUUUUCCUGAUGGUACUUACAUCAAGUUACACUGCAAGCUUGACAUCAAUGCUAACUGUACAGCAGCUUCAGCCAACUGUAACAGAUGUGCAUGAGCUCCUAAAAAGUGGAGAAUAUGUAGGAUAUCAUCGUGGCUCCUACGUCAAGGGACUUUUGGAAGAACUUGGUUUUGACAGGUCGAAGAUCAAGCCCUAUAAUUCCCCUGAUGAUUUUCACAAUGCACUUUCAAGAGGAAGCAACAAUGGUGGUAUUGCUGCACUUGUGCAUGAGGUUCCAUACAUUAAACUAUUUCUGGCAAAUCACUGCAAAGGGUACACUAUGGUGGGACCAAUUUAUAAAGCUGCAGGUUUUGGAUAUGCAUUAUCAAAGGGAAAUCCCUUGAUUGGAGACAUCUCCAAGGCAAUCCUCAACGUAACUGGGGGUGAUACUAUGAUUCAGAUUGAGAAGAAAUGGAUUGGAGAUCGAAACAAUUGCCAGAACUUGGGCCCAGUAACUGGUUCAAGCAGACUCACAUUUGCCAACUUCAGGGGAUUAUUUAUCCUUACUGGAGUUGCUUCAACUUCUUCCCUUUUGAUAGCAUUGAUAAUUUAUUUCUACAAAAAGAAGCACAAGUCAACAGAGAUUGUGUUAGACAAUGAGAAUCGACCAGAAGAAAGUGGAAUAAAUGAGGAAAAUAGUGAGGCCCAAGAAGUAAAUCAAGGAGGAGAUGAACAAAAUACACAGCAAGCAAGCCAGGGUGAAAGUGGGCUAGAAGAACAAAGCAGUUUAGAAGUGGUAUCUGAGACAACUGACAGACAAGCAUUGUUAUGCCCAACAAUGGGCCAACUGUCGUUUUCAGGGGUAAAAUAGAAAAAAAUACUAGCCUGUAAGUGGAACUCAUCUGACGUUCAGCACAUUUUUAGCUCCCUGUUAUCUCAGCGAGCUCCCUAAGCUAAUAUGUUCAACCCUGGAAAUUAGCAUUCUUGAGCUACAUGUGUAAUAUAAAUAGUCAUUUGUGCCAGGGUUUAAACUUGUAAACAAUUAGAACUGCAGAAUCUCAUUUUAUUUGACUGACUACCAAUCUCCUGUAUUGCUCAAGUAUAGCUUGAUUAAACCCCCAAAGGCAAGCUCAUCUAAUUGGAUUCAUCGUGCAUUUCCAAACUGCUUCUUUAUGAUCCCUGCAAUUUCAACAAUUUAUAUAUGUAACUGGCAUAUGUUUUUACAAGUGAUGUGGUGUCAUGAGAUAUUGAUUGAAUGCUACUCAUCCUCUAUGAGAUUGAUAAGCCAAUAGCAUAUCCAGACAGAACAGGUUAUUACAGUGAGAUGGUGAAUGAUAGCAUGCAUCCUAGCUGAAAUGGUAACCUAGUAGAUGCAUACCUUCUUACAGGAACUUUAACCUUGACAGUGGAAACCUUCUAGCUGAUCAGUGUUGAAGAUAACUGUCUUGCUCAAGCUGUUAGCCUUAAUUCCAUUUGCCGAUUUACUCUUCCACGUUUC